GAUUCCCAUAACAUGAGUCACUCUUCUCGCUUUUUUAUAAUCCUAGGCUUUUGAAAUUUUCUUUUAUAUUUUUUAUAUGAUGUAUGUCCGAAUAAUAAAAUAAUAGUUUUUUAAAUUUUAUAUUUAAUUAUAAAAAUAAAACGUGCAUUGUAACUUUAUUUAAUAACUUUUAAUAAAAAUAGUGCACAUAUAUAUUUAUAAGAUUAAUUAUACAAUUAUGAAUCACACAGCAUGAUAUAAUUAAAUAUUUCCUUACAUACUUACGUCACAAUUUGUGAUAUGGAUGCAGAUAUAUUAAAAACGAUAUUGAAAAGUUAUGGUGAUGCCGAAAACAUUAUUCAAUCUGAGGAUUGUAAAGAUGCAUCGAGAGAAGCUUUGCUAAUCUCACAGUCUGAUACAGUAUUGAAUACUUUGUGUACAUCGCUCAGCAAUCUUUUAUGUUACAAAGUAUCAAAACAAGCUUAUCAGCGCUAUUCAGUUCGAUUGUUGAUAAUUGACAACUUGCGGAAAUGGUGUAGAACAACAAGCAAUUUUGAACAUUUACCAAUAUUUAUGUCUAAAGAAAAUAGUUUGAAGUUUGUGAACAUUCUAUUAGACAAAUAUCUCACAGAUGACAUUUUGAAUGAAGACUGCUCGGAAGAUGUUUUGAUAUCUUUAGCCACUGCUGUAAUGCACCUAUCGUUUGAGAAUCCGUCCUUCAUGCAUCACAUGGAUAAGUUACUUAUAAGACUUUCACAAUUAGAAACAAAUGAUAAAAUAGAGAAAUUGUUACAUAAUUCUCUAUAUUCAAAUUUGCAUCUUAAACUAUCCACAAAAGAAGAGAUAUAUAUUAUUCAAAAAUUUAAAUUAAUAGAAAAACCAUUGCUCGACAGCUUUGUAUGCACGUUUUCUAAUUCAAAGGAAAAAAAUUGCGUCGAUAAUCAGAAUGAGAAGACACUAAAUCAACUACUGGAAUUUAGUGUUGAGUCUAUGUGUGUUUUUCAAUUAAUAUUUAAUUUUUUAAAAGAAUUACUCGUUCAGCUGCAUUAUGCUCCUGCAGUUCUACAUUUUAUAGAUUUGAUAUUAAAGCGAAUAUCUAUUUGUUGUGAAAGUCAGGAUAAAGAUGUAUUAGAUCUUUAUCCCAGGAAACUGUGCUCUUGUAUAAUCUUAUUAAGGAUAAAGCCUGAGCAUCAUACAGUGCAGACACGAAAAUAUACAUUGCAAACUUUAAAACAAAUCUACAACGAAAAUAAUGAUGUUUUAUUAAUUAUAAUGUCCCAUUUUCCUGAAUGGCUUGAAUAUUUUGCAAAUUAUGUCACAGAUGACGCACAAAAUUAAUUGUGGAGAAAAAUUUUUUACAAAUUUAUGUAAGUACAUAAUAAUUUUAUAAUCGCGCACCCUAAUGUAAUAUUUUUAUAACAUUAAUAUAAUUUGUGAUUAAUUAUGAAAAUGUUUAUAUUUAUAUUUAUUGCGUAAUUUAAAAUAAGUUUUACUUUUUGAAAAAAAAAAAAAAAAGAUUGUAUAAGACAGAUCUUAAUUUUUUUUAUUCGGCCAUAAAAUAAAGGCUGGAAUGUUUUCGAAGAAAAUUUGAUAUAAUGAAAGCCGAUAAUUUCUAAGAUUUCGUAACGCGUUCAUUUUUACAUUUCUAAAAUACAUCUUGCAUUCAUCUUAUAUAAAUUGAAUUGAAAGAAUGAGAUGUAAUAUUUUUCAAAUCAAAGAAAAAAAAGAUUCUAACGCUUUCCAUCCAAUGCGGAAAAAUAAUUGCUUUUAUAUUCCAAGUGAAAAGAAACAUUUUUGCUGGUGUGAUUCACCGCGUAAACCAUAAAUGUUAACUUUCAACUAUGUGAGCACUACUUUAAAAAUCGUGGAAAACAACAUUCGCCAUAUAAACUAACGCAAUAAAUAUCUGACGAAUAUAAAAACAAAAUACAUUUUCUAAUCAAUUGAUAAAUCUAUAGGAUACACACAUUAUCUCUUUUUUUCUUAUUUUUUAAUCAAAAGAAUUUUGAAAAAAGAUUGUAUUUUGCCGUAUUUAUGACGGAAAAAAUAUAAGUAACAAUCAUUAUUUCUAUUGUUAUAUAACAUCAUUUUCAUUAACGUUAUAUAAUCAAAUGACAGGAAUGCUUCUUUGCUAAUAUAUUACAUUUAAAAUUUAGCCUAAAUAUUUUU